AUGGCCGACGAAAAGAGGAAGAAGCUGGUAUUCGCUAUUUGUGAAUUCUUGCAAAAGAGUAUAAAAGACAAAUCAGUAAAAGAAGAUGACAUUGAAGGACUCGAAGUCGCCAUUCAAUGCAUCGGAGAAGCAUUUGGAAUCGAUACAUCAGACCCAUCUCAAGCAACCCUGUAUUCUGUCAAACCUGCUACUCUACCAGUUAUAUUUGAUGUGUUCCUGGCUACGCAAGCUAAAAAGAAUGCCAACAAAUCUCCUCUUCCACCUACCGCCACUCUACCACAAACAAGCACAUCACCAACAUCUUCACCAAAACCUGUCGACAUGGAAGUGCCGUCACCAACUCCUGCCAUGAAUCCUCGCGAACAAAAACUCAAAGCGGAGGAACUGAAGGGUGCUGGAAACAAGAGUAUGACGGAAAAGAAUUACGCGGAAGCUAUUUCAAGUUAUACUGCUGCUAUUGGAUUAGAUUCAAGUAAUGCCGUAUACUAUGCAAACAGAGCUGCAGCAUAUAGUCAAAAUAAUGAGCAUGAAAAGGCUGUUGAAGAUUCCAAACGUGCCAUUCAAAUAGAUCCAGAGUAUUCAAAAGCCUACAGUCGAAUGGGUCACGCAUAUUUCUCACUCGGAAAAUACCAAGAAGCAGUCACCGCAUACGAAUCAGGCAUCAAACUAGAUCCUGGCAAUGCAACAAUGAAACAAUCCCUGGCGGCAUCUCAAUCCAAAGCAUCUGAAAUGAGUGCAGCAGCUCCUUCUUCAAGAAGUUCUGCUCCAGGUGGUGCUGGUGGUAUGCCAGGAUUAGCUGGGCUGGCAGGAUUAGGUGGACCAGGUGGCUUAGAUAUUGCUUCAUUGAUGUCAAAUCCGGAGAUUAUGAGAAUGGCAUCUUCUAUGAUGUCGAAUCCUGCUAUUGCCAAUAUGAUGAGUCAACCUGGGUUUGCUUCAAUGGCUCAAAAUAUGAUGAGUAAUCCUAGUGCACUGCAAGACAUGAUGAGCAAUCCUGAUAUGGCAAGACUGGCAGAGUCCAUGGGUGGUCUAGGUGGUCUAGCAGCAGGUGCUCAAGCUCCUGGUACUCCAGAAGAUGAGGAAGAAUUGUAA